GGCGCCGGAGGGCCUCGUCGGCGCGCGGAGUUUGGAUAGCGAUUUAGGUUGGCGCGGCGUGAGCCUGAGUGAGAUCAUGGCUGCUGUUCCUCUGAACAAUCUACAGGAGCAACUGCAGCGCCACUCAGCCAGAAAACUUAAUAAUAAACUGAAUCUUACAAAACCCAAAUCUUCAGGUUUUACUUUUAAAAAGAAAUCAUCAGAGGGAGAUGUGUCUGUAACCAGUGUGUCAGUGGUAAAAACCCCUGCGCUAAGUGAUAAAGAUGUGAAUGUGUCUGAGGCCUUUUCAGUCACGGAGCCUCCGCUGCACACACCAAAGCAGCAGCCUGGGACUGAUGACUCCUUCAAAAACUCCCCGGGAGGACAGCAAACCAAGGGGCCCUGUCCUGAGCCUCUACUGCUGGACUUGGCGCAGACGCCUCAGGAAGUCUCAACUGUAAAAACCCCAGCUGUAAAGAAACCCCACAUUGCUGUUUUCAAGAAAUUAGAAUUUAGUUCUUCACCAGAUUCCCUCAAUGACUGGGCUGAUAUGGAUGACUUUGAUAUUUCAGCAUCCGAUGCAUUUGUUUCUCGGACCAAAAAUCCUGCUGUAAGAGCAAGCACCGCUCAGAAAUCAAAAAAGACUAAGAGAAACUUUUUUAAACCACCACCUCAUAAAGCAAGUACAGUAAAGGCUUAUUUGACACCUUCUUCCCCGGAAAACCCACAAGUGGAUUUAACCAAGGACCAGAAGGAUGAGUCAGAAUGCCUGAGCAGUGAUGUGAUUGUCAUCGACAAUGACCCUUGUUCUGAAGAGCUCGGGAAGAAAGAUACUCAGGAAAGUCAGUCUUUGGAAGCUCAUUUUGGAGCUGAAAAAGCUAAUAGUGAGAAGAAGAAUCACGUAGACGAAGUUCAUUUACAGCCAACUGAGAAACCUCUAUACUUUCAACUUGAUGAUGAUGACUAUGAUAUAGAUUUUGUUCCACCUUCUCCCGAAGAAGAAAUUAUUUCUACAACUUCUUCCUCUUUGAAAUGUUCCAGUAUGCUAAAGGAUUUUGAUGACUCGGAUAAAGAGAAAGGCAUUCUUAGUACCUCAAAAGACCCUUUGUUGAAAUCAGAGAAAACAAAUACCCAGGAGCCUGAUCCAGAAGCCAGUACAGAUUGUGACGACAAACAGAUGAGUGUACAGGAGCGACUUAUUCGUGUGAUGGAGCACAUCUGUAAAUUAGUUGAUACAGUUCCUACUGAUGAACUGAAAGCUUUGAGUUGUGGGGAUGAGCUGCUUCAACAACGGAACCUAAGAAGGAAGCUCUUGGCUGAAGCCGAUUUUAACGGAAAGGGUGUCAGUAUUCUGGGUUCACUGUGGAGAUGCAGGCCUGACUCACCUGGUAACACUGUACAGGGCGAUCCCUGCCCUGAGGGGCGUCCUCGUGAGGAGUGCAGUUCUCCAUCCUUUCCCUCACAUUCCCUUUCCACCAAGGAAUGUUUACCAGCCACCACUCCAGGAAAGACAGGGUUCUCAGCCACCACGAAGGACCUCCUUGAAAGGCCGUUAUUGAAUUCCCAUUUACAGAAGUCCUUUGUAAGUAGCAACUGGGCUGAAACACUAAGGACAGAAGAAAGAAACGAAAGCUCUUAUUUCCCAGGAAAUGUUCUCACAAGCACCACUGUGAAAGAUCAGAACAAACACGCUGCUUCGGGAAAUGGCUUAGAGAGAGACGUCCAGGCUUCCUUUGAUAUUGAUAAUUUUAACAUUGAUGACUUUGAUGAUGAUGAUGAUGAUGACUGGGAAAACAUAAUGCACAGUGUUUCAGCCAGCAAACCCUCCACAGCUGCCUACCCACCUAUCAAGGAAGGUAGGCCAGUUAAAUCUCUGUCAGAGAGGAUUUCCUCAGCCAAGACACAGUCUCUUCUAGUGGCAUCACCUGCUCAGAAGAGUUACACUGAUAAGAUGGAACAAAAUUUAUCAUCAAAAAAUCUGAAACAUGAACAUUUCCAAAGUCUUAAUUUUCCUCAUACAAAAGAAAUGAUGAAGAUUUUUCAUAAGAAAUUUGGCUUACAUAAUUUUAGAACUAAUCAGCUAGAGGCGAUCAAUGCUGCACUGCUUGGUGAAGAUUGUUUUAUCCUAAUGCCCACUGGAGGUGGUAAGAGCUUGUGCUACCAGCUGCCUGCCUGUGUUUCUCCUGGAGUCACUAUUGUCAUUUCUCCCUUGAGAUCACUAAUAGUAGAUCAAGUCCAAAAGCUGACUUCCUUUGAUAUUCCUGCUACAUAUCUGACAGGGGAUAAGACUGACUCAGAAGCUGCAAAUAUUUACCUCCAGUUAUCAAAAAAAGACCCAAUUAUCAAGCUCUUGUAUGUCACACCAGAGAAGGUCUGUGCAAGUAACAGGCUGAUUUCCACUCUGGAGAAUCUGUAUGAGCGAAAGCUCUUGGCACGUUUUGUCAUUGAUGAAGCACAUUGUGUGAGUCAGUGGGGUCAUGAUUUUCGUCAAGAUUACAAAAGGAUGAAUAUGCUUCGCCAGAAGUUUCCUUCUGUUCCAGUGAUGGCUCUCACGGCCACAGCAAACCCCAGGGUGCAGAAGGACAUCCUUAUGCAACUGAAGAUCCUCAGACCUCAGGUGUUCAGCAUGAGCUUUAAUAGACACAAUCUGAAGUACUAUGUGUUACCAAAGAAGCCCAAAAAGGUAGCAUUUGAUUGCCUAGAAUGGAUCAGAAAGCAUCACCCAUAUGACUCAGGGAUAAUUUACUGCCUCUCCAGGAGGGAGUGCGACACAAUGGCGGACACCUUACAAAGAGAUGGUCUGGCUGCUCUAGCUUACCAUGCAGGCCUCAGUGAUUCUGCCAGGGACGAGGUGCAGAGCAAGUGGAUCAACCAGGAUGGCUGCCAGGUUAUCUGUGCAACAAUUGCAUUUGGAAUGGGAAUUGACAAACCUGACGUGCGAUUUGUGAUCCAUGCAUCUCUCCCUAAAUCUGUGGAGGGUUACUACCAAGAGUCCGGGCGAGCCGGAAGAGAUGGGGAAAUAUCUCACUGCGUGCUUUUCUACACCUACCACGAUGUAACCAGACUGAAGAGACUUAUAAUGAUGGAAAAAGAUGGAAACUCUCAUACGAAGGAGACUCACUUCAAUAAUUUAUAUAGCAUGGUCCAUUACUGUGAAAAUAUAGCAGAAUGCAGAAGAAUACAGCUUUUGGCUUACUUUGGUGAGAAAGGAUUUAACCCUGAUUUUUGUAAGAAAUACCCAGAUGUUUCUUGUGACAACUGCUGUAGAGCAAAGGAUUAUAAAACAAAAGAUGUGACUGAUGAUGUGAAAAAUAUCGUAAGAUUUGUUCGAGAACACAGUUCAUCACCAGGAGCUAGAACUGUAGGUCCUUCUGGAAGAUUUACUCUGAACAUGCUGGUUGACAUUUUCUUGGGGAGUAAGAGUGCAAAGAUUCAGUCAGGAAUAUUUGGAAAGGGAUCUUCUUAUUCACGACACAAUGCUGAAAGACUUUUUAAAAAGCUGAUACUAGACAAAAUUUUGGAUGAAGACUUAUAUAUCAAUGCCAAUGACCAACCAAUCGCCUAUGUGAUGCUAGGAACUAGAGCCCAAGAUGUGCUAAAUGGCCACUUAAAGGUGGACUUCAUGGAAACAGAAAAUUCCAGCAGUAUAAAAAAACAAAAAGCUCUAGUGGCCAAAGUAUCCCAAAGAGAAGAGGUAGUUAAGAAAUGUCUUGGAGAACUUACAGAGGUCUGCAAAUUGCUGGGGAAAGUCUUUGGUGUUCAUUACUUCAAUAUUUUUAAUACGGCUACACUCAAGAAGCUUGCAGAAUCUUUAUCUUCUGAUCCUGAGGUUUUGCUUCAGAUUGAUGGUGUUACUGAAGACAAGCUGGAAAAAUAUGGUGCAGAAGUGAUUCCAAUAUUACAGAAAUACUCAGAGUGGACACUGCCAGCUGAGAACAGCUCCCCAGGCAUGAGCUGCACCAGGAGGAACAUGCCGGAGGAGGCUGACGACGAGAAGCCUGUAUCUUCUCACUACUUUGCAAAUCAAACUAGAAAUGAAAGAAAGAGGAAGAAAAUGCCAGCCUUCCAAAGGCCCAAGAGGAGGAGAGCUAGUAACGGUGGCUUCAAAGCAAAGGGGGGCUUUACUACAAGCAGAAAAACGUCUUCUAAAAGUAAAUUCUCUGGUGUAACUGGAUCCAGCUCGGCCUCGUGUGCUUCUCAAGCAACAUCAGCAGCAAGUAGAUUGGGGAUCAUGGCUCCUCCGAAGCCUGUAAAUAGAACGUUCCUGAGGCCCGCGUAUGCAUUCUCCUAACAGCCUGUAAAUAGAACAUUCCUCAGGCCUGCGUAUGCUUCUCCUAACAGCCCCUCUCAGCACACAGGUCUUGUUUGUCGGCGUCUGACCAUCUGUGAGCAGAAAGCUGUUAGUCUUGUUACACCAUUUGAAGUUUUCACUUCUAUCUAUUAAUAUUUAAAUGUAUCUCGUGUGAUAGUUCUUAUUUUUAAAUAAACAUUUUCUUUGCUGCCACUGCAAGUGUGGCCAUUGUUUCUCAGAGCAUCUGAAGCAAUGGCUGAAUCAUCUACCCUAGAGAAAUUCUGAGUGUAACGUGACACACUGAAGCCAAAAGAAAAGGCAGCAUGGGACAUUGUGAAACUGUAGAAUUUCUUGUGUGAAACAGCCUCAACAAAAAUCAAAUGACAGAGAAAAUAGAAAAUAUAUUACAUAAUAAUUCAUAUAAUAUGCAAAGAGUAUAAAUCGUUAAGAGAAAGUCAGCACAGAAGACAACAGAACAAAGGCUGUGGAUAGACGAGUCUCCCUCCAGAAAAUUCAAAUGGCCCACAAAUAUGUGAGAAAGAUUUGCUCUCCCCAAUUAAAA